AUGCGUUUUUGUGCAAAUCUAUCAACUUUAUUCAAUGAUAUACCCAGACUAACCGAACGGUAUAUUCAUGUUGGACAACGAAAAGACUAUCGAUUUGACGCUAUUGAAUGUCAAAAUCCGUAUGAGGUAUCUACUGAUACAUGGAAAGAGGUGAUGGCGAAAGACAGAUCGUUGAAAUGGAUAUUAAUCAAUAGUUUACCACUUUAUGAUCAAACAAAUGAGAUUCCAUCAUUCAACGAAUACAAAAAGAUAGUUCUUGAUCGUACACUUGAUUAUGCUAAAAUGUUCAACGUCAGUAAAGUGCAUCUAGUGAUGACAGAAGCAAAGGAUGAUUCGGAUCGAGCAAGGAUCAUCGAUCUUGUACACCAAGCAGCUCAGUUCUUUCAACCACAUCGUAUUUUAUGUCUGAUUGAGCCACUUUCAACACGAUCGAACUACUAUUUACAAUCGUAUUCGACAGCAAUGAGUAUUGUUCAGUCAUCUAACAGCAAUAAUCUGAAAAUCAUGUUGGAUUCAUUCCAUCUUCAACGAUUACAUGGAAACUUAACUGAAAGAGUCAAAGAAUUAACUCCGUUCGUUGGACACGUUCAAAUUUCACAAACGCCAAAUCGUGACUGUCCUAUGAGUGAAAAUGGUGAAGUUAAUCAUCGAUAUUUUCUCUCUAGCCUUAUUGCACCGUUUUAUCAAGACUACAUCGGUUUGGAAUAUAACGAUUCAAGUAACGCAUCUCUAAAAUGGCUGGAUGAAUUCACAUCAACGAACUGA